AUGGAGAGCCCGGGCAGCGUUCGCAGCCAGUUCACGACACACACGGCGCCCGUCAUCGGCCAGCGGCAGCCGGCCACUGACGCGGUCAGGGCGCAGGCAGCGAUCCGGCGGACAUACUCGAGCAACUCGAUGAAGGUGCAAAAGAUCUCGGUGGGACCCAAGAGCUUCACCAAGAUCAAGCUGCUGGGCAAGGGCGACGUCGGCAAGGUGUACCUGGUGCGGCAGAAGGAGACGGGCAAGCUGUACGCAAUGAAGGUGCUGUCCAAGGCCGAGAUGGUCAAGCGCAACAAAAUUAAGCGCGUGCUGGCCGAGCAGGAGAUACUGGCCACGGCCAACUUCCCCUUCAUUGUGACGCUGUACCACUCGUUCCAGAGCGACGAGCGCCUGUACUUUUGCAUGGACUACUGCAUAGGCGGCGAGUUCUUCCGUGUCCUGCAGUCGCGGCCCGGAAAGUGUCUGCCCGAGGAGGACGCCAAAUUCUACGCGGCCGAGGUAACAUGUGCUCUCGAAUACCUGCAUCUCUCCGGAUUCAUCUACAGAGACCUCAAGCCAGAGAAUAUUCUACUGCAUGAGACGGGCCACAUCAUGCUGACGGACUUUGACCUGUCGAAGCAGUCGGACCCGCCAGGCACCCCGAACGUGCUCAAAAACUCGUCGUUCUUCUUCAGCCUGCCGUCGAUAGACACGCGAUCGUGCACAGCCGGAUUGCGUACGAACUCGUUUGUCGGCACAGAAGAGUACAUUGCGCCCGAGGUGAUCAAGGGCGUUGGACACUCGAGCGCGGUCGACUGGUGGACAUUAGGCAUUCUGAUAUUCGAAAUGCUGUAUGGCAGCACGCCGUUCAAGGGCUCCAACCGCAACGCAACAUUCAGCAACAUUUUGAAGUCGGACGUGAUAUUCCUGCAGCCGCCCACGCACCAGGCAGUCUCAGCACCGUGCAAGGCGCUGGUGCGGCGGCUGCUGACAAAGAACGACAAGAAGCGGCUUGGAUCGCGCGCAGGCGCGGCAGACGUCAAGCAGCACCCGUGGUUCAAGUCGCUGAGCUGGGCGCUGUUGCGCAACCGCACGCCGCCGAUUCUGCCGCUGGCCUGA